AAGCGCCCCUCUUUCUUCUCUCCUCUUCUCCUUCUCUUUCUCUCUCCUCUUCUUCGUUCUCUGUUCUCCUCCUUUCGCAGCUCUUCUCUUUCCUCUUCUCCUUCUAUUUGUUUCUUUCUUCUCUUUUACAAGUAAAGGGAUUAUAAUUAAAGAAAUUGAUGAAUGUUGAUGGAAAUGAUAAAUAAUUAGGUAGAAAUAUAAAUUUGUACUACUAAGGAUGGGAUCAAGCUCGGUCCAUAUGUAUAUGUAUGCACACCUACCCCUCGUGCCAUUGCAAGUGUAUCUGUGUAUGAAUGUACAUACCUUAGAAAUAGUAGUAAGCUCAACAACAUAAACACUUAGCAUAAGAUUAAACUAGAUGUUUAAGCGGACUAUGUAUCUUAAUUACGUUGUAAUUUCAAUAAUAGCUUCUUUUUAUGCUUUAUAACAUAACGAAUACAAAUGCACAUAAUUGUUUUAGAGAAAAAAGUAUUUCACCAACAAAUGAAAACUCCUAAACAUCGAAUAGGAGAAAUAGAUUCAUUCAACCCGACUUUACCAUUUAUAUGUGAAAUUACACACAUUCCAUAUUCUAAAAAAUAAUUAAAAACAUGCUAGGUUUCCUUAAAAAUGCCUAAAGUCAUUUAUCUUGCAUUUCUACGUAUUGAACACUUUCUUCCUCUCACGAAACAUAAGAAGUGGACCCCACCUAUAAAAAUAACGUAGUUUAGCUACGUAUGAAUUAAAGUUGUGAAAGCAUUGCAUUAAAGUUGUAGCACUACUUCAUACGAGUAGAUGAUUUUGGACGUAACAAAUAUAUAUACCACAUUUCUGACAUUUGCACCAUAACCUUUGUUAACUUACUACGCAUUUUUAUUCCUUUUGAUGAUCUUAUUUAUACGCCUUCUUAUCAAAUAUCAAACAAAAUAUAUUUCAUUUCAUAUACAAUAUGCGUGGUAACAAGAUGAUAUCUUCCAUGUCAAUGGCAAAUGCGAGCCUUUUAAUGGCAAUCUCAGCUAUCAUUUGGGCUGCCUUUAACAGUGAUGUGGUGUCAAACAUCCGUCCACCACCACAAGAAACACGCUCAAUUACAACGGAUUCUCAUAGUUCCACCACUCCUCAGCAGGUACAUAUCUCCAUGGUGGGAAGAGACCAUAUGAGAAUAUCAUGGAUAACUAAAAAACCAGCUCCAUCUAAAGUAGAGUAUGGCAUGUCAUCUGCAGAAUAUGAUAGUUAUGCCAUUGGAAGUUGUACAAGUUAUAGAUAUUUCCUCUACAAGUCUGGCCAUAUCCACGAGGUAGUCAUUGGCCCCCUCAACCCUAAUACGGUUUAUUAUUAUCGUUGUAGUGGUCAUUCGUCUCGCGAGUUCAAUUUUAAGACUACACCACCUCAGUUGCCCCUCAAAUUUAUUGUUAUAGGUGAUUUAGGACAGACAAAGUGGACAGAAUCAACACUCCAACACAUAUCACAAGUAGAGUACGAUAUGCUCUUACUACCGGGAGACUUAUCCUAUGCAGACUUUUGGCAACCAUAUUGGGACUCAUUUGGCCGCCUCGUGGAAACUUUGGCUAGCCAAAGGCCUUGGAUGGUGACCAUUGGCAACCACGAGGUUGAAAAGAUACCGAUAAUCCAUCCAACUCCCUUUACCUCCUACAAUGCUCGAUGGCACAUGCCUUUCGAGGAGAGUGAGUCUCCCUCGAACCUAUAUUAUUCCUUUGAUGUGGCAAGUGAGGUUCAUGUCAUCAUGCUUGGGUCCUAUACCGACUUUGAUCAAGGCUCGAGCCAAUAUACAUGGCUUGAGGGUGACUUGAAGAAAGUCAACAGAAAGAAGACAUCGUGGGUUAUUGUGGUUUUGCACACGCCAUGGUACAAUUCCAACAUGGCUCACGUCGGAGAGUAUGAAUCAGUGGAUAUGAGAAAGGCCAUGGAACAAUUACUCUAUGAUGCAAGGGUUGAUAUUGUUUUUGCUGGGCAUGUGCAUGCUUAUGAAAGAUUUACUAUAGGGGAUGGAGGCAAUCGAGAAGGACUAGCCAGAAAAUUUAUGGAUCCAAAGCCAGAGAUCUCCAUUUACAGAGAAGCAAGUUUUGGGCAUGGACAAUUACAAGUUGUCAACUCAACCCAUGCUCAGUGGACAUGGCAUAGAAAUGAGGAUAAUCUGCCUAAAGCAGCUGAUUCAGUUUGGUUGACCAGCCUUAUUUCUGAUCUAGAUUGUAAACCACAGUAAUUAGGUUAGAUGUAUAUAAGAUCAAAGAUAAAUUGUUGCACAUAUUAAAUAUGUUUCAUAUUUGAUUUAAUUUGAUUUGUUUGUGUAUAUAUAUAUAUAUAUAUGAAGCUAACUUGUUAAAAAGGUAUUUGUGAUUA